AUAGUGUGCCAAGCAGAGCAUGCAGGUAGCGGACUAGCAGUUGAGUAGCCUACUGGGUGAUUUGAGACGGUGACUUCUGCUGCAGGUGCUUUGUAUUUUCUUCGUUGCCGGACAGUGAAACAGCGAGACUACGCUCUCCUUCCUCCUGAUCCUGCUGGAAAUGAUCCUGAUUACCAGCAUCCCUUCCUUUCCUCUUCACUCUGAAAAGCCCAAUUCAGAGGAGAACAGAGAGGACCUUUAAACUUCUCAACCAAUCCGGUUAAUAUGAGCAUCAACCAACUUGCUUAAAAACAUUGUCUUAAAGAAUAACUCCCAUGCACCCAUUGCAAAGAGAACGGGGGAGUUUUUGUUUAUGAUGGGAAAGGCUUAAAGGGUUAGUUCUCUGAAAGAAAAGCUUAAAAAGCCUACCGAAUCUGUAAAUAAUGACUUGUGUGUCUGUUUUCCACUCAAAAUAUAUGGUCUGACUUUAGAAGACCUGGAAUAUACAAUAGAGCACAUUCAUGUAGGCUACAUCUAUGGUCUUUCAUUCAUUUUAGUUUGUUCAUUUUCAACUGUCUCUGUCUUUUCUUUAGGUGGCGCUGUGAUGGCCUCUUGAAACCAGUGUCUCAAGCGUCUCAACGUCCUCAGAUCACAGGCAUUGUAUUAUACAGCUUGUAGACCCUCCCCUUUGUUCAAGCUCUCAGUAUUUCACCAUGGAGGCCAGAGGAAAGUAUGACUUCAAUGGCCAAGCAGAAGAUGAGCUCAGCUUCCGGAAAGGAGACAUUCUAAAGAUCCUGGGAUAUCAAGACGAGUGGUUCAAGGCAGAGCUACAUGGUCAUGAGGGCUUCAUACCUAAAAACUAUGUUGACAUGCAGACGCCGAGCUGGUACAAAGAGAACGCCGGUCGUGGCUCGGCUGAGGAGAUACUCAUGUCCCGAGAGGUGGGUGCUUUCCUGAUCCGUGGCAGCCAGAGUUCCCCUGGAGACUUCUCCAUCUCAGUCAGACACGAGUAUGAUGUACAGCAUUUUAAAGUUAUGAAGGAUAAAUCGUGCCAGUACUACCUGUGGACGGAGAAGUUUACCUCUCUAAACAAGCUUGUGGAGUUCUACAAGACCGCCUCCAUAUCCAAGCAGAGGGAGAUCUUCCUUAGGGACGGAAGUGGGAAUGAGCCACGAGCACCUCCACCUUUAAGGAGUCAACCAGAAGUUCGGCCUUCCCCAGGUGGUGGUUAUGGCGGUCCCCCAACCUCAUCACAGCACCGCAACACGACAGAUCAAACUCACAACCCGAAGAGUAAGAGAGGAAGUCUUGAGGAGAAAGCUAACACUUUGGGACAGCAAGGGAGGAACAGCCCAGCCCCUCGGCGAACCUCUGAAACUUUGCCUGCUCCGAGGUCAACCAUACAGGUGAGAGCAAUGUAUGACUUCACAGCAGAGGAAGAUGACGAGUUGGGCUUCAGUUUCGGUGAAAUCAUUGAAGUACUGGACCGUUCUGAUGCAUCAUGGUGGAAAGGUCGAUUGCGUGGCAGGACUGGGCUUUUCCCUGCCAAUUACACAGAACCGAUCUGAUGUCUUCUGAUUGCUCAGAGGUGUGGAAUCACUGCACUAAGAGUCAAAUCCAUCAAUCGCUUACCAAAUGCCUGUCAGUAAUGUAUGGACUGGUCGAUUAGCUUCAAAUUACUUUUAUUAAACUGGCUGCAGAACUGUUGAGGAGAAGUGAGAAAAAGAGUCAUGAAGCUCUUUGUUGCUUCUCUUUUUCAUAUACAUAAUCUUUUUUUAUACAUAAUUUGUAUGGUACGAAGAAAGAACCUUUUCUCUUAUGUGUCAAAUUCUCCUAAUGACUAGACAUUUCCCUUAUAUGGAUUACUGAAUUACACAGUACAUAUCCUUUACAGUGACCCUUCAGUUCAUGUUUAUAUUUUAAGAUCUUCAGUAGGACACACUAACACAAGAUACAGUGUUACAGUAAGCAAAGUUUUUAUGCUACUGUACCAAUUUUUGUAUUAAGAAGAGACUUUUUAACAAAUGUGACCCUGGACCACAAAACCAGUCUUAAGUCGCUGGGGUAUAUUUGUAGCAAUAGCCAAAAAUACACUGUAUGGGUCAAAAUUAUAAUUUUUUCAUGUCAAAAAUCAUUAGGAUAUUAAGUAAAGAUCAUGUUCCAUGAAGAUAUUUAGUCAAUUUCUUACCAGAAAUAUAUCAAAACUUCAUUUUUGAUUAGUAAUAUGCAUUGCUAAGGGUUUCAUUUGGACAACUUUAAAGGCGAUUUUCUCAAUAUUUCGAUUUUUUUGCACCCUCAGAUUCCAGAUUUUCAAAUAGUUGUAUCUCGGCCAAAUAUUGUCCUAUCAUAACAAAUCAUACAUCAAUGGAAAGCGUAUUUAUUCAGCUUUCAGAUGAUGUAUAAAUCUCAAUUUUGAAAAAUUGACACUUAAGACUGGUUUUGUGGUCCAGGGUGUGACAAAUGUGAUUUUGUCAAAAUAGGCACAGGCAGAAGAGGUAUGAUUACUGUUUUGUUAUACAAGAUGUAAAAUACGGAUGGCAAAUAUGAUGAUAACAGCGGAAUUGAAUAAAUCUUUAAGCUUUCAAAUAUAAGUCAAGUGAUA